GUCAUCAAUGUGCGCGGACGCUGGACAAGUCAGAGGCAGCACCACGUGUACUGUGUUGACUGUCAAAGCCUUCAGGAGCCCAAUUCCCGGAAGCUGUGAGUUCUGAAAGAAGUUCCUGCACACGAGCGCCCGGAGUCUGCGAGCCCCCAGCCAUGAGCGCCCCGGGCGUGCUGUCCUUUACCCAGCAAGGCUGGGAGCAGGUGCUGGCCAAAGUGAAACGGGCUUUGGUCUACCUGGACGCCGCCUGCGCCGAGAGCCUGCACUGGGGCUGCGGAUCCACGCGGCUUCUGGAGGCGGUGGGAGGUCCUGAGUGUCACCUGCGGGAGUUCGAGCCCGCCGCAGUUGGUGGUGGAGCCAAGCAGCCUAAGGCGGUGUUUGUGUUGAGCUGCCUGCUGAAAGGCCGGACCGUGGAGACCCUACGGGAUAUCAUCUGUCGCAGUCACUUCCAGUACUGUGUGGUGGUCACAGCCGUGAACCACGCUGUCCACCUCACCGCUAAUCACGUGCCGACGGCUGCAGCGGCCGAGCUGGAAGGGCAGCAGCCGGUGUUCGAGCAACUGGAGGAGAAGCUGUGUGAGUGGAUGGGCAAUAUGAACUACACCGCCGAGGUGCUGCACGUCCCGUUGUUGCUCGCCCCUGUGGCUCCCCACCUUGCCUUGACUCCAGCCUUUGCUUCCCUUUUUCCACUGCUCCCCCAGGAUGUGCAUCUCCUUAACAGCGCCCGACCGGACAAGAGGAGGCUAGGAAGCCUGAGUGAGGUGGAUGCCACGGCCCUGACCCCUGAGCUGUUUCUGCAGAUCAGGUGCCUGGUGUCAGGCCUCAGUUCUCUGUGUGAGCAUUUCGGGGUGCGGGAGGAGUGUUUUGCCGUAGGUUCCCUCAGUCGGAUCAUCGCUGCAGAUCUGGCUAAUCAUGCCCCUGCCAAGAACAGGAGGAAGACUGCCACAGGCAGGGCAUCAGUGGUCUUUGUGGACAGAACUCUGGAUCUCACGGGAGCAACUGGACAUCAUGGAGACAACUUGGUAGAGAAGAUCAUUUCAGUGCUUCCCCAGCUCCCGGGCCACACCAACGAUGUGAUGGUUAACAUGGUAGAGCUUACGGCACUCCAGAAUGAAGAGAAGAGUCAGAGUAUGGUUGCGCCAGGCUGUCUUGCACAACCCAAGGACGCGGCCGCCAAAGCCUUGUGGGAAGCCUUACUGAGCACCAAGCACAAAGAGGCAGUGAUGGAAGUGCGGAGACAUCUAGUGGAAGCAGCAAGCAGAGAAAACCUGCCAAUCAAGAUGAGUAUGGGGAGAGUCACUCCGGGGCAGCUCCUGUCCUAUAUUCAUCUCUUCAAGAACAACCUCAAAGCUUUAGUGAGUCACUGUGGGCUCCUACAGCUUGGGCUGGCCACAGUUCAAACUCUGAAACACCCACAGACUGCCAAAUGGGACAACUUUCUGGCUUUUGAAAGACUCCUUCUCCAGAGCAUUGGGGAGUCAACCAUGUCUGUUGUGUUAAAUCAGCUGCUGCCCAUGAUGAAGCCUUUGAACCAAAGGACCGACAAUGAUUACAGCCCUGAAGAAUUGUUGAUCCUCCUGAUAUAUAUUUACUCUGUUGGUGGAGAGUUUACAGUGGACAAAGACCUGGGGGAAGCCGAAGAAAAAGUGAAGAAAGCAUUGGCUCAGGUCUUCUGUGAAGAGUCUGAAUUGUCACCUUUGCUGCAAAAAAUCACAGGCUGUGACUCUUCAAUUAAGCUGACUUUUCACAAAUCCAAAAUUGCCGUGGAUGAGCUCUUUACUUCGCUUCGGGAUAUUGCUGGAGCUCGGAAUCUCAUGAAACAGUUUAAGUCUGUGUAUGUUCCUGGAAAUCAUACCCACCAGGCAUCCUAUAAGCCAUUGCUGAGGCAGGUUGUGGAGGAAAUAUUUAAUCCUGAGAAGCCAGAUCCGGUGGAUAUCGAACACAUGUCUUCAGGCCUCACGGAUCUCCUUAAAACUGGAUUUAGCAUGUUUAUGAAGGUGAGCCGGCCCCAUCCCAGCGACCACCCUCUCCUGAUCCUCUUUGUGGUGGGCGGGGUCACAGUCUCAGAAGCCAAAAUGAUCAAAGACCUCGUGCCGUCCUUGAAGCCAGGAACCCAGGUUAUCGUGCUGUCCACGCGACUCCUGAAGCCAUUUAACAUUCCUGAGCUGUUAUUUGCGACUGACCGGCUGCAUCCAGACCUUGGCUUCUGAGCAUCUGCAAGGAUGAGACUUACCUGAGCUGGAAAUACCGAUACCGUUAUCCUGUCACCGUUCAAGAUACGCCUCCCAAACCGGUGUCCCCUUGCUAGCGGUGGCUGUGACAGAAUUCUGCCUGAAGGGUCUUGGCAACCAUGCGGUGAAGUACUUUGCUCGGAUUCCCAACAACUUAAAAAAAAAAAUUACUUUCAUUUUUCUAAAGGUAUCAAACUGUCUUUCAGCUGGCCACGUUUGACAUAAUCCCCGUUUCUCCUCAACCCUCUCUUUGUGGUCCUGAUUCCUGUGAUCCUGGAUUCUGUGAUCCUGGAAUCUUCCUGAUUCCAGCCGCAAGCUCACUGUUUCUAAAUAAACGCCUGUUGGCGAGUGUUGGUAGAUUACAAGCCAUUUGAUCUGCAGUUGCUCAAGAAAUUAGACAUGCUUCACAUCAGGAGUGUGAAAAAAGUUUGGUUUUCCUUAAGAUUACGUAACUGGGGAGGGGACACUGCAAAUGGGAUCUGAGACCUUGCUGAAGAGGCGAGGAAGGGAGGGGCGGGCAGCAGUUAGGACCGGGCUGGUGGUCACGAAGUCCGGCGCCCUCCCGGCGUGCUCACCAGGCCGGCCCACAUGUCUACUCGGAACAGAGGUGGGAGACAGGCUGACUGGAGGCCUGUCCCUGCCUGUAAAAGGUGUCCUCCCCUCCCAAAGGAAGGCCCCAUAAAGAUCACCUGGUCCAGGGAGUCGAGACUAGAACCCCAUCCCCUGGGACUUGUAUUCAGUAGUGUUGCUGUCGAAAUAGAGAGCUCUCUUUUCUGUUUGCCUAACUUUCCCUUCUGGUCAUAUCAGAAAAACCCAGUGAAACUGUUUAAGAACUCUGGCAAAAAGCAACUGCUUAAUCCACCCACUCGCAGGUGUGUGGUUCACGGACCUUUCUGGCAUCUCCAAAAGAUGUUUGUAAUAAAGAGGGAAAGCUGACAAACAGUUCGAGAGAGGGCGGAACACGUAGAGGAAGUCAAAUGUAGAUCAAAACCCUCACGUGCCUCUGAUUCUAGUUCUCUAUAAAAUAAUGUUAUUUUAGGAAAAAAACUGUGAAGUUGGAAAUCAUUCUGAGAUGCAAUCAAAGCAAAGUUUUUAUAGACACCGAUGUUUUGGGGGGUGGUUUUUUGUUUGUUUGUUUGUUUGUUUGUGAUCCAAGUGUGUUUUCCACCUGAAACCGGUUCUUUCAUGGUGCUGAAAUACGGAGACCCCAGAUGCUUCUUUCAUUCCCCUAACCCAGAAGUCUGAACUUGAAUAAGGAAGCAGAUGGCAAGCCCAAAAGAAAUGAUCAUCAAAGCAGACAUCGCUAUUUUCUAAAAUUAAAAAAUCGUGUGCCCUG